CAACCAGCUGAGCAGCACAGUGCACUCCGAGAGGAGCCGUUCCUCAGUCCGCAGUGAGAGGUCCACGUCGUCGGUGAAUUCUUCCCUAGGAGGACGAGACUCGACGUCUCGCUCGGCCUGGAUGAACGAGUCUUCCGUCAACCAUGGGCAUCGCGGUCCGAUCAGAGCUCGCUCUGCCUCCCCUGCACGUCCCUGUCGCGUUUCCGUGCAGUUUGAAGACACGGGCGGUGCCAGCGCAGCAGCGCCUGUGCGCAGCUCACUGGUUGGGCCUUCGAGCUGCAAAAUCCUUCACCUGGCCGCUGCUCCUCCGGUCGCGAUCCACCGACCGAGAGCCGCAGCGAACUGAAUCAGAUGAACUUGAAUAAUUAUUCUUUGAACGGCUGAAUGAAAAGAUUAUGUAUGAUA